GACCCAGCAGCGGCUGUCUGUCGGCCUCGGGGCUGGAGGGGAAGCCCCGGCGUUUCUCUCCUUCCUGUGUGAAUGGGGCUGACUGUCUGGCGCCGCUUCCCCGCGCUGCCCCACGCCAUGCCCUGCACGCUGCCCGGCGGCCGCCUUCCCCAGCCGCGCCACUGAACUAGCCAUGGUCGCCUCAUGUGGAGGGCAAAGUUGCGCCGGGGAACUUGUGAGUCAGCCGUGAAAGGACCCUCUCCUGUUUGUUACAGCUCCGGUAGUCCCACCCCAAUUCUAGAAGACCCCAACUACUUCUUCCCAGACUUCCAGCUCUAUUCUGGGAGGCGCGAAGCAUCUGCUUUGACGGUGGAGGCAAACGGUGGCAUCAGGGAAAAAGUUGUUGAGGAUCCUCUGUGUAACUUCCACUCCCCGAACUUCCUGAGGAUCUCAGAGGUGGAAAUGAGAGGUUCCGAGGAUGCGGCAGCUGGAACAGUAUUGCAGCGGCUGAUCCAGGAACAACUGCGGUAUGGUACCCCGACCGAGAACAUGAACUUGCUGGCCAUUCAGCACCAGGCCACAGGGAGUGCAGGACCAGCCCACCCUACAAACAACUUUUCUUCCACGGAAAACCUCACCCAAGAAGACCCACAAAUGGUCUACCAGUCGGCACGCCAGGAACCGCAGGGUCAAGAACACCAGGUGGACAACGCGGUGAUGGAGAAACAGGUGCGGUCCACGCAGCCUCAGCAGAACAAUGAGGAGCUGCCCACUUAUGAGGAGGCCAAGGCCCAGUCCCAGUUCUUCAGAGGGCAGCAGCAGCAGCAGCAGCAGCAGCAGCAGCAGGGGGCUGUCGGCCAUGGCUACUACAUGGCUGGGGGCACCAGUCAGAAGGCCCGGACUGAGGGGAGGCCCACGGUGAACCGCGCCAACAGUGGACAGGCGCAUAAGGACGAGGCGCUCAAAGAGCUUAAGCAGGGCCACGUCCGUUCACUCAGUGAGAGAAUCAUGCAGCUGUCCCUGGAGAGGACCGGAGCUAAGCAGCACCUUCCUGGCUCAGGGAGUGGAAAGGGGUUCAAGGCGGGAGGGGGCCCCUCCCCCGCCCAGCCCGCAGGCAAAGCGCUGGACCCCCGGGGUCCUCCACCCGAAUACCCCUACAAGACCAAGCAGAUGAUGUCCCCGGUGAGCAAGACCCAGGAGCAUGGACUUUUUUACAGUGACCAGCACCCGGGGAUGCUCCAUGAGAUGGUCAAGCCGUACCCUGCUCCUCAGCCCGCAAGAACAGAGGUGGCCGUGCUGAGGUACCAGCCACCCCCGGAGUACGGGGUCACGAGCCGCCCCUGCCAGCUCCCUUUCCCGUCGACAGUGCAGCCGCACAGCCCGAUGUCCUCCCAGAGCCCCUCCGCCGGGGGGCCGCUGCACUCCGUGUCCAUGGCGCUCGCGCUUCCCAUGACCCUGGCGGCCCCGCAGCCCCCGCCCGCCGCUUCCCCCAGCCAGCAGCUCGGGCCUGACGCGUUCGCCAUCGUGGAGCGAGCCCAGCAGAUGGUGGAGAUCCUGACCGAGGAGAACCGCGUGCUGCACCAGGAGCUCCAGGGUUACUACGACAAUGCCGACAAGCUGCAUAAGUUUGAAAAAGAACUUCAGAGGAUUUCAGAAGCCUAUGAGAGCCUGGUCAAGUCCACUACCAAGCGAGAAUCGCUGGACAAGGCGAUGAGGAACAAACUGGAAGGCGAGAUCCGAAGACUUCAUGAUUUCAACAGAGACCUGCGAGAUCGGCUGGAGACCGCCAACAGGCAGCUGUCUAGCAGAGACUAUGACGGGCACGAAGACAGAGCCGCAGAGGGGCUUUAUGCUUCCCAGAACAAAGAAUUCUUGAAGGAGAAGGAGAAGUUGGAAAUGGAGUUAGCAGCAGUGCGGACCGCGAGCGAGGACCACCGGAGACACAUCGAGAUCCUGGACCAGGCUCUGAGCAACGCCCAGGCCAGAGUCAUCAAGUUGGAGGAGGAGCUACGAGAGAAGCAAGCCUACGUGGAGAAGGUUGAGAAGCUCCAGCAGGCCCUGAGCCAGCUACAGUCUGCAUGUGAGAAGCGAGAGCAGAUGGAGCGGAGACUGCGGACCUGGCUGGAGAGAGAGCUGGAUGCGCUGAGGACCCAGCAGAAACAUGGAAAUGGGCAGCCAGCCAGCGUGCCGGAGUAUAACGCCCCAGCCCUCAUGGAACUUGUGAGGGAGAAGGAGGAGCGGAUCCUGGCCCUGGAGGCCGACAUGACCAAGUGGGAGCAGAAGUAUCUGGAGGAGAGCACCAUCCGCCACUUCGCCAUGAAUGCCGCAGCCAGUGCGGCGGCCGAGAGGGACACCACGAUCAUCAACCACUCGCGGAAUGGCAGCUACGGCGAGAGCUCGCUGGAGGCGCACAUCUGGCAGGAGGAGGAGGAGGUGGCGCAGGCCACCAGGAGGUGUCAGGACAUGGAGUACACCAUUAAAAAUCUCCAUGCCAAAAUCAUAGAGAAGGAUGCCAUGAUUAAAGUCCUUCAGCAGCGAUCCCGUAAAGAUGCCGGGAAGACAGACUCCGCGAGCCUGCGUCCUGCCCGCUCCGUCCCGUCCAUCGCUGCGGCCAGCGGGACUCACUCCCGCCAGACCUCCCUCACCAGCGGCCAGUUAGCCGAGGAGAAGAAGGAGGAGAAGACCUGGAAGGGGAGCAUAGGCUUGCUGCUGGGGAAGGAGCUCCCAGAGCACUCCUCCACGGCCCCGGCCGCGGCGCUGUCCCCCCUAGCCUCCACCGCCUCGGCCAGCAGCGCCCACGCUAAGACGGGCAGCAAGGACAGCAGCACCCAGACAGACAAGAGCGCUGAACUCUUCUGGCCCAGCAUGGCCUCCCUGCCCAGCCGCGGCAGGCUGAGCGUCACCCCUUCCAACAGCCCGGUCCUGAAACACCCGGUGGCCAAAGGACCUGCAGAGAAACCCGAGAACCUUCCUGGCCACGGGAAGUCCCCUGACCACAAAGGCCGCGUCAGCAGCUUGCUCCACAAGCCCGAGUUUCCUGACGGAGAGAUGAUGGAGGUUCUCAUCUAACACCGGGCGUCCCUGCUGAAUCCGUAGUGGGACCUUGACAAAUGAGGAACGCGGCCGAGAGGGAGAAGAGAGAUCAAGAAAGUUGUGGAUGGGAAAUCAGGAAUGAUUGGUACUGAUAAAGACUUUAAAUUUAGUAAGAACACUUUUUACAAAUGUUAAAAAACAUUCAGAAGACCUACAUGAAGACCGUGCUACGGAUUUGUAUUGCAUAUGGUGGAAGAGAGAAGACGCAUGUAGGUCUGGAAACAAGGAAGUCACAGGAAAUGGAAUUUUCGUUGUAUAGAAAAUGUAUCUCUGGGGGAGGGUCUGUGUACACCUGCUCUUUGGUGAUAAACAUAAACCUGAAUGUGGAUUUUCCUUGAAAUAGCCCCAUUCUCCUUGCCUCUUAGCAUGUUUUUUUUUCUCAAGAAAAACCUCCUAGAAGUCUCCGAGAGCCCAUCUCACACAAUGUAAUGUCACCCGUGCCAUCCGGUGUGUUCUGUGAAUGUGUGGGGGGGUGUGGCAGUGAGAAGAAGUGUCCUGGGGGGAGGGGCUUAGAAAGAGGUUCUCACCUAACUCUCUGCUUGGUUUGGAUUUUCAGGAGAUUGUGGGGCUUCUUAGCUUUUCUGGAUUCCACAGUAAAAGUACAGAACAGGACGGGAGUAUUAUGAUUUUGGUGCUCAAACUCCCUGACCGCUCUGAGUUCCUCUUCCUCUGCUUCAUUCUCUUUCACUUGCUCUUCUUUUCCGUCACUUUAUUUUCCCUUGUUAAUAAGACACAGCAGAAUUCCUUAGGUCUAGGAUUUAUUAGAGCAGAAUCUGAUCUCUGUUCUAUAGUGACCAGUGGGACAAGGCCACAUGCUGGCUCCUUCCUCCACCUUGCAGUCUUCCGGCUGCAGCUGUUAAUCUCAUUGUGACCAUGAACGAGGUCAGUUUUGAUGAGGCAGACGAUUCCAUGGUCCCUAUGACAUCAUGCAUUCAGCUCUAGGCCCUGGCUUUUCUCUGUCACAUCAGCCCCCUUGCAUAGAGCUUGCUCUUUCCACCCCACUGCUCUGUUGGGCUGGGACUUUUCAGGACUGCCCUCCAGGACAUGGAGGACACUUGACUUGGUGGCAUCCAGAGUCUCACCAGGCAGCUUGUACCACUUUCUAGAAUUUGUGGCUCAUGAACAUACUCCCCACGGUCCCCGCCCUCUGGCACUCUUCUGGUAGCUGUUGACGAGCGUGUAGAUUGCCAUGUUAACACAUCAGUUUUCCUCUGUCGUGGACUUGCUUUGUCGUCUAACAGGCCAGUAUAUGUAUAUACAGUGCAGUCACGUUUUUUGAGGUUUCCAUCCGGGACAAGUUGACCAAAGUAAGACAGAAGUGCCAUGUUGAAGAGCCAGGGGCGGGUGAGGUAGGGAACCUCUUACCCCUGUGUGUGGUGGCAUGGCUGACACACCUAAGAGGGGCUGCGCAGGAAAGAGGAGCAGCGGAUCAGGCUGUCCCGUACUCUUGUGGGGCCCUGAUGCUUUUCUGCCUCCAGGCCAGCUGGAUCCUUCUCAUGCCAGGUCCUUCCCCUCAUGCUUACUUAAGGGAAGGGAGAAAAAGAGCAUGGAUCUCAGACCUUCCCAGAUUCCACCUGAGUGGAGCCCUGAAGGCCACACUUCUCAGGAAAUUGUCCUUGGGUGGCUUAUUUUAGAGUUGGUCUUUCAAGUGCAAGGUGGCUAGUGCCAUAGCCUCCCCAGAUUGAAAUGGCAAAAGGAGGACCCAGCUGUGGACUGGAGAGGGGGAAGAAGGAAAUCUGUGGCCUUGGCCGGAGGGGGCAUAGUGAGUGUGACACUUCAGGACCUGAUUCUUCCCGAGCUCUGCUCUGUGUGGGGUGCUGACCGCCUCGAGCCCCCUCCGGCGAGGGAUUGAGCAGCCUGCCUAGUGGCCCGGACUUGUGCCAGUGUGGAUGCGGGCGGGGGUGGGGCACAGGAGGUGCCCUCCCAAUCUCUGCUCCUCGGCACUUUUUACAGGUGGUGAGGCCCAGGUGAUGGCAGCUGUUUCUCUUAAGGAUAUUUUGAGCCCCAGUGAAUGUUGGGAAUGGACCAGGCAUGAAAGGGUCUGGAGAUAGAAGAGCAAGUCUCCUCUGCCAGCCUCAGCCUCCACUGGGCCACCCCAAACUCGGGCUGUCUCCCCUAGACAUGGGUAGAAGUGAGAGCCAUAGCCCUGUAUCUCCCAAGCCUCAUAUCUCUGCUACAGUCACCCGCGGGCACCGGGCUCACUUGCGCAGAUCCAGUGCGUUAAGUGUCGUAAUGCAAAUCCAAACAACAUCACCAAUUUCUUUUUUGGUUGUGCUGUGGUCUCUGUCAGUAUUAUUUCUUCGAACUCACUAAGACUCUUCCAUAAGAAAAGGGAUCUCUAGCUUUCAGAUGUGGUUUUUUUUUCUUUUCUGGGAGAUUUCCUGCCCCACCAGGACCCCCUGAUGCUGGCUUGUCAUGUUUGCAGCUUUCUCGAAGCCUUGCUUGCACAUAGGAGAAAAGGAUUGCAAAUACUGAGCCCCUGUUCUGCAUUCUGGGCAGUUUACAAUCCUUUCUCUCAUUUGAUUUUCAGGAAAAUAAUGCCAGCUCUGUUUUUUAGUGCUGACUAUAUGCAGGCAGGGUGGUAAGUACCUUUUAACAAGUCCCUGAGCCACCUGGGGAGCCAAGGCUAGUUUCUCCGUAUUUCACAGGGGAGGAAACCAGGGCUCAGCGAGACUAAGUCCCUCCCCAAAGCCUCACAGCAGUAGUAUCGGAACCAACGGUCUGAGAGAGGAGCUGUGCUCCCGGCACAGGCUGGACAUGCCACGCCUUGGCCCGCUCUGCCCCCGUCUAUAAUGUGCUCGCACACUGACCAGGGUAUCAUGGGGAACAGGUGUUGCUGGAUCCCAGCAGCUAAUUUCAGAACAAGUGCAUUAGCUUGUUCUUCUCUCGGCUUUUCUUCUGCCUCCCAGAGGCUGAUGGCCCAUUCCAGGCAGACAUGCAGGACAAGACUGCCGCCCCCCUCCCAGGGCUUUGGUUGGAGGGCAGAGAGCAGUGGGGGUGUUCUCUCUUCAGUCCUGCAGGGCUAGCUCUUGCGAACGCUUCAUCCACUUGACUGCACAGGGCUCGGGUCGGAUAGUGAGACAGUUGCUCCUUAUGAAUUCUGACCUUGGAGCAGGGACUUCAGUGGUCUUUGCAGGGAUGGCCACUGCAGAGAAGCUGACCAUCACUCCCGUCUCCCCCGGGGCUGCCCUCAGCCACCGGUGUCCUCCUGAUGCCGAGCGCUAAUGAGAAGACAGACCCCGUCCCCUGCAGCCUUCAGAGUCGCAGAGACUGCUGUAGCACAGAUGUCAAGGGAGGCUGGGUUCUCGGGAGACAGUGAAGAAUAGAUCGGGCUUCUAAAAGGUUUUGAGACAGGGAGCUCGUGCGUGACUGCACUGAACUCCCCUGAGCCUAAAGAGGCGUGUUUUCCGAAACCAAAGUCCUGCUCCAGUCUGCGCUUGGAGUCAGGAGAGCAUGCUUCCGUGUGCUGCUGCAAAUGAACUUGCACUCCUGAGCAAAGAAGUUCCGUGGCCGUGGUAAGAGGGAACCUGCAGAUAUUCUUAAAUGGUAAAGCCAUCGUGUAGUCACAGUGUCCAACCGUAGUGGCUUUUCCAACAUCCCCAAGCCGGAGGCAAUCAUGGUAGAUGCUUUCUAAAUAUUGCUUUUCUUUUCUUCCUUCUUUGCUAAUUAAUCGAUGUGCUUAAAAUGUCUUCGUUCCAUGUGAGGUGUGGUUAAUCAGCUUGCCUCUGAUGCUUGGCUCCGUAGGAGAUGGGCGGAGUAAUUAAGAAGCUGACCCAACUGGGAGCAUGUCAAGGUCAGCAUUUCAGUAAAUGGAUUUCUUCUGGAACUAAUGAGCAAUUUUCUCUCUUCCUUUUAAGUAGUAUAUCCUAUUCUUGUUUAGUAAUUUAAUGAUAAACGAAGACCGUGUAUAUGUCAGUGCAUACAUAUGAGGUAUGACGGCAAGGUUGUGUGUUGGGUUUCAUUUCUUAGUAUCUGGAAGAUCCAAGUGUUUCAUCUCAGCCCUUCCUCAAACCGUGACCCUUUGGGGGACUGUACUGAUCGCUGCCCCGCUGCUCAAGUGGAAACAGCGAACUCCUCUGUUAGAACAGCCUUUAGGGCCUGGCACAUUCCUUUAAUUAUCCUAACAGAGGAGAAAGGUUCAUCCUUUGAGGAUGGAUUUAAGUGUGGAAAUAAUCCCAGUUGAAUAAAUAAAGACAGGUGAUUAAGGUCAUACCAUUUAAAAAGAAAAUCCCAAAAAUGUUCCUUGGAAUGAGUCUUUCGACUCCUAGGGCCUCUCCAAGUGACCAUUUCUAAGCAGGACGGUAGUCAUCAGUAUGUGUAACUUCUGGUGGGUUCGCUUUUAAAUAUCUUUUCUCUUGCCAUGCCUUGUGUGUGUUCACAUCUCUGCAUACACACAGAUGGACGUGCAUAUUCAUUAGUGUAGACAUCCAGGAGGUGCCCUGUAAAGCCCUGUUAUACUUAAGUGCAUGUUUUUGUCCUGUUAAGCAAUGACUGGGGUGUCGCUUUGUCAUAAAACUUUGCUUCUUCACAGAAUUAAAACCCUGCUCUCAAUAUAAGGAGGUACAUACACAGCAUUUUCUUGUAUCAGCUUCAGUGGUGUGUGUACAUGUGAUUUUGCCUAGGAUUCCAUUUGCAUAUAGACACCUCCAAGUAUUUAUUACUAGCCAGAAUGUAAGCACAUUUAUCCACAGUGGUUUUCUUUGAAUUAAGGUGUUUUCCCUUUUUGUGGAGGGACAGUGGAGCCCCUCCUCUACGGGGCACUA